AUGGCGCGGUGGCUGCUGCAGCAGUACUGGGACAUCCCCGACGGCACCAGCUGCCACCGCAAGGCCUAUGCCAGCACGAGCAUCAGCGGCACCGUCGGUGUGUUCGCCUCCGCCUACAGCCUGUCGCUCAACCCCCCAGGCACCUUCUUUGAAGGGGUGGCCAGGGCAGGACGGUACACGUUUACUGCAGCGGCCAUCGGCGCCGUGUUCGGGCUGGCCUCCUGCAUCAGUGCCCAGGUCCGGGAGAAGCCUGACGACCCCCUGAACUACUUCAUUGGAGGCUGCGCUGGAGGCCUGACCUUGGGGGCACGCAUGCACAGCUACGGCGUGGGCGCCACGGCCUGCGCAUACAUGGGAAUGGCUGCUGCCCUGGUCAAGAUGGGCCAGCUGGAGGGCUGGAAGGUGCUUGCAGACCCCAAAGUGUGA